UCCUUACUCUCUGCUGGGGCUGGUCUUCACUGUGUCUUUCGUGGCGCUGGGCGUCCUCACCCUCUGCAAGUUCUAUCUACAGGGAUAUAGAGCUUUCAUGAAUGACAACGCCGUGCACAGGGGCAUGACGGAGGGUAUCACUCUGCUGAUCUUGGCUGUUCAGACUGGGCUCAUUGAGCUGCAGGUCAUUCACCGAGCUUUCCUCCUCAGCAUCAUCCUCUUCGUCGUGGUGGCUUCCAUUCUGCAGUCCAUGCUGGAGAUUGCUGACCCAAUAGUUCUGGCACUGGGGGCCUCCAGAGACAAGAGUCUGUGGAAGCACUUCAGAGCAGUAAGUCUUUGUCUUUUCCUGCUGGUCUUCCCUGCUUACAUGGCUUACAUGAUCUGCCAGUUCUUCCGUAUGGACUUCUGGCUGCUCAUAAUCAUCUCCUCCAGCAUCCUCACAUCACUGCAGGUACACAAACCUCACACAGUAAUACAAAUGAACAGUUGCUAUCACAGCGCAUAGACACUCCUGCCGUGUCAAGUUUUGUUAAAAGAUGAAGUGGUAUAAUAAUAUAUAUCGGUUG